CAAUUUUCCAGUUAUUUAUUGCUUUAAUUAUAAUGGCAGAGCCAAACUACACUCGCGCCCUUCAAUGUCCGGAAUGCACUCUGAAGUUUUCGCGUCCUAGCCAUCUCCAUCGGCAUCAACUCACGCAUUCUGCAUCCAAUCACAGACAACAUAUACCUUGCCCAUAUUGUUCAAAGACAUUCAGUAGGCGCGACGUUCUGCUGCGUCACCUGCGUCAUGGGCAUCAGGUACAAGAACAAACCAGACGAUCAAGUCAGAAGUCGUGUUUUCGAUGUGUUGAACGGAAGGCGAAGUGCAAUCGCGAAAGACCCUGCAAUGGCUGCAUUCGAUCAGGGAAUAAUUGCGAGUAUCCUGCGACAGACGAUAUGAAUGACUGGGGGCCGCAUGAGGGCGCUUCUCCUACAGGACAGUCAAUUCUUCCUUCCAACACGCAACAAAUACAAGAACAGCAGGAUGAAUCAAUGACCUCGCAAGCGAAUGAAGAAACUCGAUCCUUCCAACAUGAAACGGGACCUGACGGCCUCUUAUUAGACGAUUCAACAGAGCAUAUUCCCCUACCAACAGCACCUUUAGUCCAUCAGGUCCACGGUGCUGACAUCAUGGAUCAAGAUCAAGCUUGCCAGGUUGGCCCUUUUUAUAAUCUAAAUGAUAAGCCGACAAACUCUCCAACUAUGGAAAUUCCACAAUCCUUCAAUGUCUUGCCAGUAGAUGCAGCUCAUUCGGUGUUUGAAGAUACUUUUGCUCUUUCUCCCUCUUCCAUCCUUCCAGGGCAGACAAGCUUUCGGACUGGUGGGUUUGACUGGUUGAACUUCGACAUUGGCAAUAGUCCUCAAGGCUUCCAAGUCGAUACUUUUUAUAAUAGCUAUAUACCAGAGUUCUGGUUUUCCAGUACAGCCCAGCAAGUCUCCGAGUCAGAAGGGCUUAGUAGCAGUGGCACUGGCAAUAGAGUACAACAAAGAACGAGCAGUGGGGAGUCGAGCCGGGAUUCACAAGAGGAAGGGCUACCAGACGUGGAACAAAACACGCUUGCGUGGCCUUUUGAUCAGGCGCAUAAGCAAUCUCCUCAUCGCUAUCGGCUCCCUCCACUUCGCGAUAUUCUCAACGGUUAUUGCCCGACAGACAGACCGCGGCCUGUUCAGACAACACUUGUAAAAGGCUUCAUCCAAAUUCUCUCUGAGAAUCCCCUUCCUCAGCUUGAAACCUUACGAGACCCUCAUUCUAUCCAAGCUUUUUGCAGUCUACAGCGUCUUGUUGACUCCUAUUUUUCUCGGUUCCACGACAUUCAGGCGAUUAUCCACAAACCUACUUGGACCAUGUCGGCUUGCCCGCCUAUUCUUCUUACGGCCAUGGCCUCUGUUGGUGCAUUGCUCUCUGAUAGUCAGUCAGAUUACGAGCUCUCAGUAGCACUGAGUGAGAUCUGCUCUACAAUGAUUAACUGGAUGGGCGCCUCAGAUGCUACCAACUACAGUGAUGUCUCAUAUCUUAAUGCACUCUGCCUUUACCAGAUCUAUUCGCUCGGGUCAGGAAAACGACAGCUAUAUCAGAAUGCAGACAGGUCUCGUGGACUCUUGAUCGGUGGUUUACGGGGAAUCGGUCUGCUGAAUCCCCGCUCUUCGAUCACUCUGAGUCAGGAUCACGAGACCAUUCGUGGUUCUGAGGACGACCAUGUUCUUACAAAAGAUUGGAAGAACUGGAUCAAGAUGGAGUCAGGAAGGAGGGCAUCUUGGGCAGCAUUCGAGUAUGACUGCAGUCUUUGCACUCUCACAAGUCGUCGAGGCAUUGUUGACUUGAGCGAGCUGCCAUCAGAAUUGCCAUGUCCUGAGUCCAUGUGGAACGCCACCUCGGCACGAGCUUGGUUUGCUCUGAUGUCUCGUCUUGGUCAGGAUGACUCAAGACCAAAUCUAUCUAAAGUGCUGAAGCAAGCACUGGCUGGGAGAGAACUACCAUCGUCCUUGGGAUCUUGGGCUAAGAGGCUCUGUGCGCAGGUAAUCGGGCGGUUACUCUGGGACCUCUGGCAAAUCGAGGUUGUCGCAAUGCCAGAGUACCUCGGCCUUGGAUCAAUUGUGGCUGCGCACCAAGACACGAAGAGGUCGCUGCUCAAGGGCUUGAAUAACUUGGUUGAAUCUCUAUCUUCGCCAUCAUCGACGAGCGAUCUUACCAGCUACAAUAUAGCCAGUCUUCUUUGCCACUAUUCGCACUUGUGCGCGGCGAAUGGCGUCCUCGACCUCAUCCUAUCCAUCGUGCGGGGCCUCAUCUCAAUGGAACCUCGAGUACAUGACGGAAUCAAGGUAGCCCGCAACCGGCUCAAGUUGACAUUUGCCGGAGACCCAAAAACAGCAAGAAGACUAUGCUGGCACGCAGCCCAAAUCGUCGCAAUCGCUAAUGAGUACCUGGUGUCUGCCCCUUGCGAGAUUAUGCGAGUCUUUAUGGGUUACAUCUUCAUCAUUGCCUACUCUGCUUAUGGGGAUCAUACUAGAUCAUCGCCAAUAAGGGUCACGCAAAGUCUCUGGAUCUGUUCCAGAUAUUGGUACGGACGGUUGCGUCCCUGCCAUCAGCACCGACGCACAAGAGAUAUUGAAGAAGCUGCAAUGCUGGGGACUGGCUCAUAA